UGAAGAAGUUGAUAAUGAUGACAACGACGACGACAACGAUGAUGAUGAUUAUAUUUAUGAAGAUAAUCGAUUAGAUAUGGAAGAUCCAAUUGGUUCGAAUCAUCGAAAAGAAUCACCAACGGUUCAAGGGAAAAAUGAAAACAAAGAUUUCGAUAAAACUGAUUUAGACAACAACGAGGACUACGACGAUGAUAAUGAUGAUGAAAAUUUUGGCCAAUUUAAUCAAAAUGUUACGCAUAUCAUUCAUCAUCAUCCUCCUGAUCAUCCUGAUUAUCAUCAUAAACCACCACCACCAACGCCCAUAAAUUCAUCAUCAAUUAUCAUCCAUGACAAUACUGCCACUAAUGCUGCUGCUACCUCGACUAUUUCGACAUCGACUGCAGCCAACAUUAAUAUUGAUUUAUGUUCAAACAAAGAAUUUUAUUGUCCAAUAGAUAAUUAUUGUAUACCUAUGGAACAACAUUGUGAUGGUUGGAUACAAUGUUCAGAUGGUUAUGAUGAAUUAAAUUGUUCUGAUUCAUAUACAAAAGAAUGUCGUCCGGAUGAAUUUCAAUGCUAUGAUGAUGGUCUUUGUCUUUCACAACGACAACGUUGUGAUGAUCACCCGGAUUGUCAUGAUGGUUCAGAUGAAUUGGAUUGUAAUUGUCAAGCAAAUCAAUUUCGUUGUCAUUCAUUUCAUCAAUGUAUUGAUAAUCGUUUACGUUGUGAUUAUAAAUUUGAUUGUUAUGAUCAUUCUGAUGAGCUUCAUUGUGAAGAAAAUAUAUGUGCAUUAGGACAAUUUCGUUGUUCAAAUGGUCAAUGUAUUUCCGAACGUUUAAAAUGUAAUGCAAUAAAAGAUUGUUUAGAUGGUUCGGAUGAACUAUCCGAUGAUUGUUUGGUAAAACAUUGUCGACCGGAUCAAUUUCGUUGCCUUGAUGGACAAAAAUGUAUUUCAAAACAAUUAUUAUGUAAUAAUGAUUUAGAUUGUUUUGAUGGUUCGGAUGAACUUCAAUGUAUUGUAAACAACGAUGAAUGUAAUCAAAAUAAUAUGUUUCGUUGUCGUGAUGGUCAAUGUAUUUCGAAAGAUUUCCGUUGUAAUUUUCAUAAAGAUUGUUUUGAUGGUUCAGAUGAACUUGAUUGUCAAAUGAUUUGUGGUGCACAUGAAUUUGAAUGUCAAACCGAUGGUAAUUGUAUACAUGAAUCAUUAAGAUGCGAUGGCUUCUAUGAUUGUUACGAUUUUUCCGAUGAACAAUAUUGUGAAAAUCGUACAUGUCGUCUAUCACAAUAUCGUUGUGGUACUGGUCUUUGUAUUGAUCGUGCAUUACUUUGUAAUGGUGAAUCGGAUUGUCCAGAUCGUUCUGAUGAAUUAGAAUGUUGGAUAUGUCAAAAAGGUCAAUAUACAUGUGCAAAUGGACGUUGUAUUGAACAACGGCAACGUUGUGAUGAUAUACAGGAUUGUCAGGAUAAUUCGGAUGAACAAGAUUGUCCACGGCAACAAAUAUCAUUACAAAUUUAUCCAGAACGACAAACAGUACGACAAGGACAAGAAGCUGUAUUUCGUUGUCGUGAUGAAGGUGAAUCACGAUUGGAAGUUGAAUGGCGUCGUGAAAAUUAUCCAACAUUACCACCUGAAGCUGUUGAUAAUCGUGGUCGUCUUUUAUUAUUCAAUGUACAAAUUAAUCAUUCAGGUGUUUAUGUUUGUUCAACACAAACUGGUUCCGGUUUACCUGCUUUAGCACAAAAAGCAGCAUAUCUAACUGUUCAACCAACUUACGAUUAUGAAAUAAUGAUUAAUCAUUUACCUCAAAAUGAUCAAGGAGAUCAAGAUGAUUUGAAUCAGAUGAAUUCCUCAUCAUCGUCGCUAUCGUCAUCGACAUGUAAAAUGGAUGAAUAUCAAUGUGAAUCCGGUAAUCAAUGUAUACCAAAAAAUUUUCAAUGUGAUGGACGUUUCGAUUGUCAAGAUAAAAGUGAUGAGAUUGGCUGUUCAAAACCAACAAUCGUACAGACACCAAGUCAAACAAUCGUUACGGUUGAAGGUGAAACUGUAACAUUAACAUGUCGUGCAAUCGGUCUACCAAUACCAUUAAUUACAUGGAUUAAAAAUGAUAAUGAAACAUUACCGGAUACAGCAAAAAUUCUAAUCAAUUCAAAUGGUGGUAUUGGAACGCUAACAUUAACCGAUAUUAUGAUUAAUGAUCAAGGUCGUUAUCGUUGUCAGGCAAUUAAUUCAAAACAUACUGAAUUGGCUUCGGUUGAAACAAUUUUAAUUGUAAAACCAAUAAAUCUAUUAUGUCAACCACCAUUAUUCAAUGAUAUUGCAAAUGAUUCAAGCGAAUGUUUACAAUGUUAUUGUUUUGGUCAUACGGAUAUUUGUUAUAGUUCAUCAAUCAAAUCCGAAUCAAUUACAUUAAAUGAUCAAAUGAAAUUAACAAUAUUGGCUAUUAGUCAACAAUGGUCAAUGGAUAAUAAUAAUGAUUUUAUUGAUGUUUCUGAUCGUUUUCCACCAAAUCAACAAGCAAUACAAUUAGAUCCAAUAACACGUGAACAUUCAAUUGAUUCAACAAUAGCAUCAGUACAUACACCUGAUUCGGUUUAUUUUUAUUGGCGUUUACCACAGCCAUUUCUUGGUAAUCAAUUAUUAAGUUAUGGUGGUUAUUUACAUUAUCUAAUACGUUAUCGACAACCAUUUACACCAAGCCCGCUAAAUGAUUUACCUGAUAUUAUUGUUCGUGGCCAAAAUCAUACAAUGUAUCAUUAUAGAAAAUAUUCUCAUUCAAUCAAUCAUAAUAACCAUAAUAAUGAUAAUGAUAAUGAUAAUAAUGAUGAUAAUGAUGGUGAUUAUCAUCGAAGAUCAGUACGUUUUUGGAUUGGUGAAUGGCAAUCAAAUCAACCAACAAUUGAUUGGAAUAAUUAUCAUUAUCAUAAUCAUAAUACAUCAUUAAUGAUUAGUGAUCUAAAUCGACAACAAAUUUUACAAAUUCUAUCAAAUAUUCAGGAAAUUCUGAUAAAAGCAUCAUAUGAUUCAAUUGUUUUACAAUCAUCAAUAAUGGAUAUUGAAUUAGAAUCUGGUCGAAUAAUUGAUAAUAAUCUAGAAAUGGACCAUAAACGUUCAUCUUAUAUUGAACAAUGUUCAUGUCCAUCAGGUUAUCAAGGAUCAUCUUGUGAACAAUGUUCACCUGGUUAUCAUCGUCGUCAUCGACAACAACAACAACAACAACGAUCAAUAUUGAAUAUUAUCGAUACAAAUCAACAGCAACAAAUCAUUGAAAAUGAUGAAUGUUUACCAAUGCAAAUUAAAUGUGAUUGUAAUGGAUAUUCAAAUGAAUGUGAUCAUUAUACUGGACAAUGUUUACAUUGUCAAAAUCAUACACAUGGUUUUCAUUGUGAACAAUGUGAACGUGGUUAUUAUCAUCAUCCACAUUUAAAUCAUCAACAUCCACAUGAACAUCAACAUCAUCAUCAUUGUAUAAAAUGUCCAUGUGGUAGUAAUGUUGAUCAUCAUCAACAUAACAAUCAUAUCUAUAAUAAUAAUAAUUUACAAGAUGAAAAUGAAUGGACUGAAUUUCCAUCAACUUGGCUACUAAUACCAUGCCAUUAUGAUUCUCGACGACAAAUGGCCAUUUGUGAUGCCUGUCCUAUCGGUUAUGAGGGUGAACUUUGUGACAAAUGUGAACGUGGUUAUAUAAAAAAAAUUAACGAAACAACUGGUGAACAUUAUUGUUCAUUAAAAGUGGAUUGUCCUGGUGAACAAUUUCAAUGUUCAAAUGGUACAUGUUUAGAUAAAUCAUAUCGUUGUAAUUCAUUAAUCGAUUGUCAUCCAGAUGGUAAUGAUGAAUUUGGUUGUGAAUCGUUAAUAGCAUGCCAUCCCGUGGGAAGUAUACGUCCUAAUUUAACAACAGCAGCAGCAGUAACAAGAAUGGAUAUUAUCGAUGAUGGUAGUUAUAAUAAUGGGCAAUUUCAACGAGAAGAAAUUCUUCAAAAUAAUAAUAAUCAUCAUCAUUCGAUUCGACAACAAUAUUGUCAAUGUAAAAAACUAGUCACAGGAAAUUUAUGUGAUAAAUGUUUAGAUGGUUCAUUUCAUCUAAAUGAUUUCAGUCAUACUGGAUGUAUUAAAUGUUUUUGUUUUGGUAUUACUGAAAAUUGUUUAGCUGCAACAAAUCUUUAUCGUAAUCAUAUUUCAGCAAAUAUUGAUCGUUAUUCACAUGGAUUUAUAUUACGUGAUCAUGAUUCUAUGAUUCAAGAACAAUCAUCAUCAUCAUCAUCAGCAGCAACUGAUUCGUUAACAUUUGAUCAUUUGAAUCGUGAAAUUAUUUUUCAAAAUUUUAGCCAAACAUCUGGUCAUUUAUAUUGGCAAUUACCAUUCAAUUUUCUUGGAAAUCAUAUUAAAUCAUAUGGUGGUUAUUUAAAUUAUACAUUUCGUUUUCAAGGAAAUUAUUUUCAACAUAAUCAUAAUGAUUAUCGUAAACCAUUUGCCAUUAUAAUGGGUAAUAAUCGUACAAUUGAAUAUUAUCAUCAACAACCAUUACAUCCAUUAAUUUCAACUACCAUUAAUAUUGCAUUAAUUGAAAAUCAAUGGAAACUUAGUGAUGAUAAUGGUGGUCAACAAGCUAGCCGUAAUGAUUUAAUGAUAAUAUUAGCUAAUAUUGAUUCAAUUCAAUUAUUAGCAACGGUUACUGAUGAUAUUAGUUGGAUUGGUUUGAUUGCCGUAACAUUGGAUACAAGUGUUGAAAUACAAAUGUUAUCACCAUCGACGACAACUUCGACAUCGGAUUCAUUAAUACCACAUUCGAUUUCUAUUUCAACACAAAAAGUCGAUACAGUUGAAUUAUGUCAUUGUCCACAAGGAUAUUCCGGUACAUCAUGUGAACGUUGUGCACCUGGUUAUAAAAUGCAAUUAAUUACGACAGAUCAAGAUUCGAACGAUUUGGACAUGAAUAAUCAAUUUCAUCGUUGUAUACCUUGUUUUUGUAAUGGACAUUCAAUUGAUUGUAAUUCAUUAACCGGUUAUUGUAUGGAUUGUCAACAUCAUACAACGGGACCGUAUUGUGAUCAAUGUGAACCUGGUUAUAAUGGUAAUGCUACAAAUGGUCAAUCUGAUGAUUGUCAACCAACUAUAAUUGGUAGUAAUCAUCAUCAUCAUCAUCGUUAUCAUCACCAUCAACCACAACAUCAUGAUGGUGAUGAUAAUGGCCGACCGAUUAUUGAUGAUAAAAAUUGUCAAUGUAAUCGUAAUGGAACAAAAAAUGCUGAAUGUCAUCCAUCAUCAUCAUCAUCAACAUUAUCGAUAAUGAAUUGUGAUUGUAAACAAAAUGUUUUAGGUGAUAAUUGUGAUCAUUGUCGUGAUGGCUAUUUUAAUCUAGCCGAUAAUAAUCCAUAUGGUUGUUCAUCAUGUUAUUGUUUCGGUGUUACUGAUCAAUGUCAAAGUAGUCGUUUACGACGUACAACAAUUUGGAUGGAUUUUUCACAAAAUUAUUUCAUCGAUUCAAAAUUAGAAUUGGCAACAAGAUUUCAAACAAUUCGUUAUACUGAUCGUAUUGCAUAUAAUUUUUCAACAAAUGAAGCACAUUUUUAUUCAUUAUUUUGGCUACAUGAAAAUCCACCCAUUGAUCAACCUGAUUCUAAUCCUGAAACAUUAUAUUGGUUUUUACCGAAUCAAUUUCUUGGUAAUCGUUUAUCAUCAUAUGGUGGCCGGUUACGUUUUACAAGAAAAUAUCUUAUACAAAAUUCUGGCCAUUUUAUUAAUGAUGCUGAUGUUUUUAUUUUUGGUAAUGGUUUAAUAUUACAAUAUAUUAGUUCGACAGAAUUUCCAUCGAAUUUUGAUCAACGUUUUGAAAUUGGUUUACAAGCUGAAGAUGAAUUAUGGCAAAAAAUUGAUCAUCAAACACAGGCAACCGGUAUGGCAAAUCGUUUAGAUUUCCUGCAAGUAUUAGUUAAUGUUGAAAUGAUUGCUAUACGUGCAACAUUUCAUACACAAAUGAAACAAUCAUUUUUAUCAAAUAUUGGUUUGGAUAUUGGUGUUGAAUCAUUUGAUAAUGAUACUAUCGAUAUUCGUCCAUUUGCUAUUGAAGUUGAACAAUGUAAUUGUCCAGAAGGUUAUCAAGGUUUAUCAUGUGAACAAUGUUCACCAAAUUUUAUUCGUGAAAUUGAUAUUAUCGAUAAUAAUGAUAAUAACCAUGAAGAUCAACAAUCAACAAAACAGCCAAAACAAAAAUGUAUUCGUUGUCGUUGUAAUCAACAUUCUGAUCAUUGUGAUCCAAAUACCGGGUAUUGUUUAAAUUGUCAACAUAAUACUGGUGGUAAUCAUUGUGAACAAUGUUUAAAUGGUUAUUAUGGUGAUGCAACAUUUGGCACUGUGGAUGAUUGUCGUCGUUGUCCAUGUCCAUCUGAAUCAAUGUCAAAUAAUUUUUCACCAUUAUGUAAAUUAGAUAUUGAUGGUUUACCAACAUGUACACAAUGUAUAAAAAAUUAUACUGGUCGUAAUUGUGAAAUAUGUAAUAUUGGUUAUCAACGUAAUGAAUCCAUUGCGAAUAGUCGUUGUGAAUCAAUACAAUCACAUCCAACAACAAUACGUGUACAGAUUGAUGGACCAAAAGUUAAACAUAUUGCUGCCGGUUCACAAUUAAUUCUUAAAUGUACUGGUACUAGUCAAAUUAGUCAAUAUUUUAAUUUGGAUUGGAUAAAAUUAGAAGGACAAUUACCACCAGCUUAUUCUGAAGCAAGUGGUACAUUAACAAUCCCGAAUAUUCAACCUGAACAUAGUGGAACAUAUGUUUGUUCGGGUUUUGAUUUGGAAAGUGUUGCAACAGCUCGAACAAUUGUUAUUGUACGACCAUCAGUACAAAAAUUUGCACCAAAAAUUCAUAUCGAACCAGAAUAUCUUGAAGUUCAUGUUGGAAAUCCAGUAACAUUUAAAUGUUUGGCUGAUGGAUUUCCACGUCCACGAUUGUCAUGGAAACCUGUACAACAGGAUAAUAAAAUCCUGAAUCCAACAGCAUCAUUUCAACCGGAAACCGGAGUAUUUCAUAUACCAUCAGCUAAAAAAAGUGAUGAAGCUGAAUAUGAAUGUCAUGCAACAAAUUCAGCUGGUUCAGAUUCAAGAAAAACUGUUCUAUUCGUACAUGAUUAUCAUAAAUAUGCAUAUGUUCAUGUUAAUGGUGUUGUACCAACAGCACGUGUUCAACCAUCACAAUUUGAUUCAAUACGUGGUGAACGUAUAAGAUUUGAUUGUAAUGUAACUGGUAGACCAAUACCAUCGGUACGUUGGAUAUUUGUUAGUGGUGGACGACCAACACCGGAUGGUUUGGAUGCUGGUCAAUUACCAAAUAAUUCACGUGUUAUGGGCAAUGUUCUGACAAUAACCAAUAUUGAUUAUCAUAAUAAUGGUGUUUAUACAUGUAUUGCAAGUAAUUCUUAUGGUACAGCUGAAGCACAAGUUCGUUUAAAUGUUAAUGGUGGUGGUUCAGGUACAGGAAUCAAUGGUGUUGUGAAUGGUGGUUCAAAACAUCGAUCACCACCAAUGGUUAAUAUUGAACCGGCAAGACAAACAAUUGUACAAGGACAACGUGGUGAAUUACGUUGUAUUACAAGUGGUCAACCACGACCAACAAUAUCAUGGCUAAAAUUAUAUGAUCAAAUCGAUCCAUAUGGUAAUCGUCAUGAAAUUGAUGGUGAUCGUUUAUUUAUUCGUCGAAUGGAAAUUGAAGAUCGUGGUAUUUAUGUUUGUCGUGCUGAAAAUAUAGAUGGCGUUAGUAAUGCAUCGGCUUUUGUCGAAAUUGAACGAAGGCAAAUACCUUCGAUUGAAAUUGAUCGUGUUGUUCUUAGCGAAGGUUCAAGCACAUAUUUUCAAUGUAGAGUAACAGGCGGUAUACCGGAACCAACAGUUGAAUGGCGUCGUCUUGAUGGUUCACCAUUUACAUCGAAUGCACAGGUUAAUGGUGGCCUAUUACAAUUCGAUCAAAUUGAUCAACAUGAUGAAGGUGUUUAUGUUUGUAGUGCGGAAAAUCUGGCCGGUCGUGCCCAAGCACAAACAUCAUUAUUUUUACCAGAAAUUCCACGUGUACAAAUUCUACAAAAUACACCAUAUCGUGUACGACAAAAUGAAUUUGUUCGUUUAGAAUGUAAAUCAAAUAUACGUUCAUCGAAUAAUGGUCAACGUGGACCAAUCAAAAUUAAUUGGCAUAAAUUAAAUAAUGGUCAUAUGAAUAAUCAAACGAUCAAUAAUAAUAAAAAUUUCGAACGAAAACGACAUUCAGUUUCGAUUGAAGAUAAUCGUGCAACAUUACAAAUACAAUCAGUACAACCUGAUGAUAAUGGAAUUUAUGUUUGUUCAUUACAAUCAUCAAUGGGAAAUUCCGAAGAACGAAUACAACUAAUAGUGGAACAAAAUUCCAAUUCAAUACCUGAUAUUAGUGUGGAAGAAAAAGUUGUAACAGUUGCUGCUGGUUCACGUGCUGAAUUACGUUGUUUUGUACGUGGUACAAAACGUAAUAUUAUUAUUAAAUGGAUACGUGCAAAUAAUAUUUCAUUACCGGAUGGAUCACGUGUUGAAAAUGGAACAUUAACAAUUGAUCAGGUAAAACCACAAGAUAGUGGUGAUUAUUAUUGUCUUGGCUAUCUGGAUGAUCCAAAUACACAUCAAUCACAAAUGUUAUUUAAAAAUCGUGCACGUUUAGCUGUCGUUGGUACCUGGGCAAAAGUUCCCCCUAAAAUACAAAUCGAUCCACCAUUACAAACAGUACGUCCAGGUGACACUGCCAUUAUUAAUUGUGUGGCGGUUCUUAUUGAUGAUAUAAAUAAUAAUAAUAAUAAUGAUGAUCUUUAUGAUAAUAAUUAUUAUUAUGAUAAUGAUAAUGAUGAUAAUAACAAUGAUCAUAAUCAUCAUAAUUAUAAUCAUCAAUCAAUGAUGGCCCAAAUUACUUGGAGCCGUAUUGAUAGUGAACUGCCCACUGGUAUUGUUGUUACUGAAAAUGAUGUACAUCAUCAUCAUAAUGAUGAUAUAAUGAAUGAUGGUAUACGAUCGAUGAAAACAAUAACCAGUCGUUUAAUAUUUUAUGGUAUCGAAUAUACGGAUGCGGGAAAAUAUCUUUGUACAGCUGUUAAUGGUGCUGGACGUGUAGAAGCAAUGGCCGAAUUAAUUGUUGUUGAUAAACAUGAUGCACAAAAUGUUCGUGAAGAAUUUGCAAUUUUAGGUGCAAAUCUAUUGUUACGUUGUCCAACUGAAUUUGUUGAAUCAAAUGAAGAUUUAUAUAUUGAAUGGGAAUUUGAUUAUAAUUAUCAAUUGAAACAAAAUUUAUCGGAUUCGAAUAAUAAUAAUCAAUAUUUAUCGAAACAAUUCUUACCGGAUAAUGUUAAAAUUGUUCAUAAUUUAUUAAAUAUUCAAUCAGUUCAAAUGAAUAAUAUUGGUAGAUAUUUUUGUCAUGUUAUUUGGAAUGGAUCAUUAGUUGAACAAAAUGCUAUAAUUUUAAAUAUUAAACAACCUAAAUAUCAUAAUUGUGAUUCAAAUCAAUUUAUGUGUACAACAAAUGGUGAAUGUAUUGAUAUUUUAUUACGUUGUAAUGGAUUGUUUGAUUGUAUUGAUCAAUCGGAUGAAGAUUCUUGUGUUCCCAUUUUAAUCAAUGAUCUUCGUAUUAAAGCCGAUAAAGAUUUAAUCAAUUUGGAUGAUACUUUAGUAUUGAAAUGUUUAUUGAAUGAAAAAGAUGAUGAUCCUGGUACGAUACCGAUACGUUGGUCAAUGAUUGAUGGUAAUGAUAAUGGUGAACAACAACAACAACAAUUCGAAUCGAAUGUUCAUAUUGAUCAAAAUCGUUUACAAAUCAAACAUAUUACCUAUGAAAAUGGUGGUGUUUAUCGAUGUUCAACAAAUGAUCAACAAACUAAAAUUCAUGCCGAUUAUCUUCUUGUUAUUCAAGAAUCAUCAUUGAAAAAUAAUUUACCGCUUAUUCAUGAAUAUAAUCAAACAUUCGAAACGGUUAAAAUAGCCGAAAAACGAAUAAUACCAUUAGGUGAUGAAUUAAUUCUUUCAUGUGGUUUUCGUCCACAAACAACCGAUUUCUCGUUAUCAUUCAAAUGGAUCAAAUAUAAUUCAACAAAUUUUCAACAAAAAACCAUUAUUGAAUCUAUUAUUAAUUCUACGAUAAAAAUUUAUCCAAAUGGUACAUUGAUUAUUGCAAAUAUUUCCAGUUCAGAUACUGGAACAUAUGUUUGUAUGGUUGAUAAUGGAAUUCAAUCGAUUCAAACAGCUAUGAUACCGAUUAUUGUAUCGAUUGAACGAAAUGUUCCACAUUUUCAACAAUCACCAAUAUCUUUUCUUACAUUACCAACAUUAACCAAUGUAUAUUUAUCAUUAGAAUUAUCAAUCGGAAUUAAACCGGAACAAUCUGAUGGCUUGAUUUUUUAUAUUGGUGGUCAACAAAAAGAUGGUUCACAAGGUGAUUUUAUUUCACUUGGUCUUAGAAAUUAUUAUGUAGAAUUUUAUUAUGAAUUGGGUGGUGGUACUUCAUCAAUUCGUUCUGCUGAACCAAUCACUAUGAAUCAUUGGCAUUUAAUACAUGUUACACGUAAUGGUAAUAUUGGAAAACUACGUGUCGAUGAUCAAGAUUUAGUAUCAACUAGUUCAGCUGCAAAAUUCAUUGGUUUGGAUCUUUCAUCACCAUUAUAUAUUGGUAAUGUUCCGGAUUCGGAUUUAAUUUCACAAUUUGAUGGUUUUAAUCAUGGAUUUGUUGGCUGUAUAAGUUUAUUCGAAACAAAUUCACAAUCAUUUGAUUUAAUUAAAAAUUCUACACAACAAUUUGGUAUUGGUCAUUGUGAUACAUGUGGUUUACAACAACAACAACAAUGUCAAAACGGUGGUGUAUGUCAUGAAAAUAUUCAUAAACUUAAAGGUUAUGAAUGUCAAUGUCCACCUGGAUACAAUGGUGAAAAUUGUCAAUCAUUUUCUGAAAUCUGUUUACCCGGUAUUUGUAAUGAUGGUUAUUGUCGAAAAGAUCCUAUUGAAAAAUAUCGAUGUGAAUGUCCAUUUGGACGUAUUGGUCGUCAUUGUGAACAAUCGAUUAUCAUUCUGGAACCAUUAUUUCGUAAUGAUGCUUUUCUAGCUUUUCGUACACCAUCAAAUACAUUGAAUCGAUUUGAUUUAGUAAUUCGUAUUAAACCGGAUUUUUCAUCGUCAUCAUCAUCUUCAAAUCAAUUGUUAUUAUAUUGUGGUCAAUUUGAAAAUGGUACCGGUGAUUAUGCUUUAUUGGCAAUUGUCAAUAAAAGUAUUGAAUUUCGUUUUGAUACUGGUUCCGGUGCUGCUAUCAUUCGAAGUACAAUGAUACUUAUCGAUCAUGAAUGGGUAGAUAUAGUCGUUCGCCGUAAUGGACAUGAUGCUGAAUUACAAAUCGAAGGCCAUUUAAUGGAUACAAUUUCAGGUCGUACACCUGGAAAAACUAUUGGAUUAAAUCUUGGUACACCAUUAUAUAUUGGUGGUUAUAAUCGUACUCGAAUUUCAUUACCAUCGAAUAUUAAUCAUCAAUUUUAUAAUUUUAAUGGUUGUAUUAGUCAGUUAAAAAUCAAUGAUAAAAAUAUUGAUUUUGCCCGUAAUCAAAUUGAAUCAAAUAAUGUUGAUAAUUGUGGUAUUGUUUCAUUAUGUCAACGUACACCUUGUUUAAAUAAUGGAAAUUGCCUUGAGCUUAAUGAAACAUCAUAUCGUUGUAUUUGUGAUGAUAAUCAUAUGGGAAAUCAUUGUGAACAUAAAAAAGGAUUUUGUGAACAAACAAUGCCUUGUGAAAAUAAUGGUGAAUGUGAAAAUUAUGAACAGGAUUCAUAUUUUUGUCAUUGUCCAAUUGGUUAUACUGGUCAACGUUGUCAACAACAAAUACAAUUUGCUAAUCCACGUUCUGUACGGAUGAAUGGUCAAUCCUAUAUACGAUUUGAUCGAUCAUUUAUUACGCAAUCAAUCAUAAUUAAUCAUCAUCUUCAACAACCUGCACAGCAACAAAUACAAUCAAUCAUUAAUGAUCAUCAUCAUCAACAACAACAACAACAACAGCCUACGCUAAUUGAAAUACGGUUCAAAUUUCGUACAUUUGCUCGAAAUGGUUUAUUAGUAUUUUAUGGUCCAUCAGAAAAUUAUGAAGAAUAUCCACCGGGUUUACGAUCAGAUUUUCUUGCUGUAUCGAUUAAUGAUAGUAAAAUACAGAUGACAUUUGAUUUGGGUAGUGGACCAGGUUAUAUACAAACUGAUUAUACAAUCGAUGAUGGUGAAUUACAUCAUAUUGUUUUACGUUUAAAAGAUCAAGAAGGUAGUGUACGUGUUGAUGAACGUAUUUAUUAUGGACAAUCACCUGGUAAUAAAAAUACAUUAAAUGCUAAUGGUGAUAUUUAUUUUGGUGGUCUACCUGAUUAUCAAUUAAUGACACAAGGUCUUUAUCAUUAUGGUUUUCAUGGUUGUCUCAUUGACAUUGGUAUUGGUGAUUCAGAUACAAUCAAUAUUGUAAAUAGCUCAAAACAAUCACGAAAUUUAUUAUCAUGCGAUGAAUAAAUUCAAAUCAAUCAAUCAAUCAAUCAUUCAUAAUAAUAAUGAUCCAAUUUAGAGAAAAAAAACGCAAAAGCAUAAAAAAAA